AUGGCUCCAAUUCCCAACCCUGACACAACUCAACCAGGCGACUCCCCCAGAACCAACGGAGCUACCAUGAAUGGCAGAGAAUUGCCACGGCAACAUGCACCCUCAAUUCCUAUUGCGAUUGUUGGCAUGGCUUGCCGCUUCAGUGGGAACGUCAGGAACCCUUCCCAAUUGUGGGAACUCUGCGCAAAUGGGAAGGAUGGCUGGUCUCCCAUCCCUGAUUCGCGCUUUGAUGUGAAGUCGCUGUACCAUCCAGAUAAUUCAAAAGCUGGCAGAAGCCAUGUUAUUGGUGGUUACUUUCUGGACGAUGAUAUCGCUUGCUUUGAUGCCGCCUUUUUCAAUUUAGCGUCAGAUGUCGCUAGUGGUCUUGACCCUCAAGCCAGAUUGUUGCUCGAGACUGUCUACGAAGCAACAGAAGAUGCUGGCAUCCCUUUGGACAAGCUCGCUGGCACCAAUACAUCGGUCUAUACAGGAACAUUCAACAAAGAUUACCAUGAAAUCCAGACCAAGGAUGCCGAGGUUUUGACCCGCUCCUUUCUCGCCGGCACAGGCACCGCAAUGCUCUCCAACCGCGUCUCGCACUUCUUUGAUUUGCAAGGACCAAGUCUUUCUAUCGACACGGGCUGUUCGUCGGGCUUGGUGGCAGUUCACCAAGCAUGUCAAAGCAUUCGCACUGGAGAGAGUAACAUUUCAAUCGUCGGUGCUUCUAGUACACUCCUGAGUCAAGAUGCCUUCAUUUCGGCAUCCACUAUUGGUGCCAUUGGCUCCGAAGGUAAAUGCUUCGCCUGGGACAAACGUGCUGCCGGUUACGGCCGUGGCGAGGGUGUAGCGACACUCAUCCUCAAACCUUUGGAUGCCGCGCUGCUCGCUGGUGACCAAAUCCAUGCUGUCAUCAAGGACAGCGGGGUCAAUCAAGACGGGAAGACGACCACAAUUACCUCCCCAUCUGCCGACGCCCAGGUCAAAUUGAUUGAACAAUGCUACCGUCGUGCAGGGCUUGAUAUCUCUCAGACUGGCUACGUGGAGGCGCACAUGACCGGCACAGCAGCUGGGGAUCCCAUUGAGGCCGAGGCAAUUGGGAGAACCUUUGGAAAAGCUCGCCAGGCAAGUGACAAGGUACGGGUUGGCUCUGUGAAGACAAAUGUUGGCCACACCGAGCCCGUCAGUGGGCUUGCAGCCGUCAUCAAGACUACCUUUGCGUUGAAAACAGCGUCGAUCCCUCCAAACCUCAACUAUGAGACUCCGAAUUCAAGCAUUGACCUUGAUAAGGGCCAUUUGGAGGUGCCGACACGAUUGAUGCCAUGGCCGGAAGACAAGAUCCUUCGCGCUUCAAUCAACAACUUUGGCAAUUCAUCACACGAAUGGACAGUCGGCACCUGA